CGGUAAUACUGUUCAAUCGAUUUGUACUUUGUAGUUCAUCAGUUCAUUGUAAAAGUAGGAAGACAGAAAAUCUCAUAAGCAUAUUCUUAUGUAUUUUGAUUCUUUUUCGUAAAUGAAUUUAAAUUUUUCAAACUGUCAACUUGUUCUGAUAAAACAAUAUAUUCAUGACGUAGCCAACAUUCGAUUUUCGAAGGGCCGUCAUCUGUCGUGUGAAUUGUGAUCGUACGCAGCGCGACGAUGUCGAUUUUAUCCAUGAACUUUCCGAGAAAGCGUAUCGUGCGUGCGCUCAAGUCUACUUACGAAUUCCGAAGUCCGUGUGAAGAGCUCAAAGUGCGUCGAUCGCGCAUCGGGUGCGUCGGUAUAAAAUGUCAGCACAGCUAAGCAUGCAAGACAAGAAGGAUUUGGAGAAGUUUACCAAGUAUCUUGCGUUGAGGGCUGCCCAAGUCAUAGUGCAGUCAAGAUCGGGCCAGAAAGUCAACACCACGUGCAAGCCGGACUCAUCAGCUGGCGACUGGGUAAAAUUUAAUCUGGCAAUAAAGGAACUACCAGAAGUGUCAGCUGAUGCUAAAAGGGCACUAUGUGGAGAGAUAGUAAGCUCAGCUGUACCUCUAUGCAUAGAAAUUUCUCUAAAAACAGUAGAGGGUGAUAAGAUGGUUUUAGAAACUUGGAGCCUUAGCGUUUUGCCAGAGCAAAGUGAUCCAUCUGUACGAGUAACAUAUACUGUGUAUAACAGAAUGGGGAUUUUAUUGAAGUCCUUGCUUUCUGUAUCAAGAGUUACGCCUGCUUAUAAAUUGAGCAGACGUCAAGGACCUGACUCCUAUACUAUGUGCUACCGAAUAUACAUGGGAGAACCUCAGCUACAUAAUUUAGGUGAUAACUAUAAACAUGUAAGAGUAGGUCAAUUGUGUACUCCAGUAGGCACUAUACAUCUAUCAGUUUCUUAUAGAACAAAAAUGACGAUAUCGCCUACUCAUAAGGGACGAGAUUCUAUCAUGCUUAAGAGCGAUCAUUUUCAUUCAGACCUAAGUCCGCGUCAUGUACGAUAUCAGCAAAGCGAAGAAACGUCAAAGUCACUUAGCGAUACCAUCAAAGUUGGUGCAUUUGUAAUAAACAAGCCUGUUAUUGUCAAUGAGGAAGAUCUCGUGAUACCAGAUGUACCAUUCAGUUCGCUAUUAACACCCAAACAAACGUCGCCUCCUCCAAUAUCACUAGUAGAUCCUAGUACAAAGACUACAAUGGCAGCUCUUACAACUGAUAGCAACAAUGGAAAUAACGAGAGACUUAAUAAUGAUAAUACAACUUCGAAAUGCGCAUCCCAAAACGGAUCUAGAAGGAGUAGUUGUUCAAUGACUAGCGCCAACGAUGAUUUUAUUAUGGUAGAUUUGAAAACUCCAUUCGCUGUCACGAAUACCAAUAGCGAUGUAGGAGCGUUUUAUCGAGAGUGUCAAAGCGCUCCACAAUUGCAAGCCUUUAUGGAAGAAAGGACACUUGCGGAACAAUUGGGAGAUCUCACUAAACAAUUGGAAACAUUUGAGACAAAUAUGCAACACUACGAGGACAUUUUGUCAUCUUUGUAUCACACAGAAAAUAAUAAUUAAGAUUGGAGAGUCUGCGGACAAGUAACCGAUUUAAACAAAGAUUCGAUUGUACACAGCUUUUGUGUACAAAUCAAUCAUUAUAGUGGAUGUACAUUAAAUGAACAAUGCAAAUAUUUCAUUUUCUGUGCUGAUUCUUUUCAUGUUUGUAAUAAAUAUUUAGAUAAAUUUGGUAUUUUCUGUACGUGCAACGCAACCACGGUAAAGAUGUCCGACGAUUACUGCACGUUUUUUUUUAUUAUAACCACUAAUUUAACCCUUUGUAGUCACUGGGAAUACAGGGGUGUUCCAAAAGGUAUGAAGUUUUAUAUUUCUAAGGUCUUUUUUUUAAAACGGAACUUAAACUGCCAUUUAUCCAAAGUUUAAAAUACCCUUUUUGUACCUUCGGCUGCAUAUUAUUCUUUGGACAUCAGUCUGCGAUUUUUGUUUAAUGUUAAAAUUAAAAACUCUAAAAAUACAUUGCAUUUCCAUAUUCUACAAAGUUUUAAGUUUAUUCAGUAAUUUUUCAGUGAUUUUAAAAAACAAAAGUUGUAAAUACGGCACUCAAUUAAAAUGUUGGGAUUAUUUUGCCCCAUGUGUGACCAACAUAAAAUUCUCAGGCGGUGUGACUACAAAGGACUUAGAAGCGGAAAAAGUGAAUCUUCCGUAUAUUCAUAAACUUUUUAAGUGUUGCUUAAAGCAUUUUAUGUGUGAUAUGAGUAUAGAGAAGAUAUCACGUAUUAAUGGAUCCAUAUGAAAAUAAUAAGGAUCAACAAUAAAAAAUGAGUGUAACGUAUUUUCCUUUUAAUUUACUAAUAAGAGAUGGAAUGUAUAUUCGUGUUCUUGUUUGGACUCUUGUCU